AUGAGGGCAUGGCAGGUAUAUAAGACUUCGGGCCGGGAUUUAAAACUAUGCUGGAUAUCUGCAUUUUUGAGAUUGGGUUCAUAUGGUGUCACCAACCAAGUCUUGACACUUUUUCUGAAAGAAAUUGGCAUCGGGGAGAAAGAAAUGGGAUGGUUUAUGUCGUUGACAUUGGUGGGUGAUGUAUGCAUAUCCUAUUUGUUGACAUGGCAUGCAGAUGAAUGGGGGCGACGUAGGACUCUCACUUACGGUGCGGUGAUGAUGGUUUUGAGCGGAAUUGUCUUUACCUGGAGCGAGAACUUCUAUGUACUAUUGGUUUUUGCCAUUUUUGGGGUGAUCUCACCGUCAAGCGACGAAGUGGGGCCGUUUAAAUCCAUCGAAGAGUCCAUGAUGGCCCAUCUUACGCCUCACAAUCGCCGUCCCGAAGUUUAUGCCAUUCAUUCGUUGGUGAGUAUUUCAGGAAGCGCUCUGGGGUCAAUUUUCUGCGGAUGGUUUGUCCAAGUACUACAGGAUAAAAGGAUUUUUGACACUCAAUUGCAAUGUUACAAAGCAGUUUUUGCCGUCUACACCGUCUUGGCAAUCGCAAAGCUGCUCUCAAUCGUUUUUCUGUCGAAUGCCGCGGAAUUGGACGUUCACCAUCACGAGGAACCAGAUGUCCAACAAGUUCUCGACGAGACUGUACCCUUAGUUGAAGAAAACGAUAGGAAAAAGUCGCGACUGGCUCCUGAGACUUUUUCGGUCAUGGUAAAGCUCCUGGUCAUCUUCAUGCUGGAUUCAUUUGGUUCUGGAUUUAUGACAAGUGCUUGGACUGUCUUUUACUACUCCGUUGUCUUUGGAUUGGGUCCAGCAGCUUUGGGUGUUAUCUUUUUCGCCGCGAAAAUCAUAAUGGCCUUGUCUUCUCUACCAUCCUCAACUAUUGCCAGGGCGCUCGGCCCGGUAAAGGCAACUCUGAUAGUACAGGUUCCAUCCGCGAUUUUUUUCAUGUUGGUGCCAUUCGCUGAAGGGCACUUGUCACUCUCUCUUAUAAUGUUCAAUCUUUACAACUUGACUACUGCUAUGGACGUCACCCCACGGCAAAUUCUGCUGACCAACAUCAUCAAGCCGAGCGACCUAACAAGAGUGAUGGGCGUUGUUAACAUAGGGAAAACCUUUGCCCGCUGUAUUGGUCCAGUUUUCACAGGACUUUUAGCAGAUAGAGGUCUACUCUGGUGUUGCUACUUGAUAAGUGGGUCAUUUGUUCUCCUUGCCGAUUUCGUACUGGCUGUUUUAUUCUACGAUAUCGAUUCACACGUCCUUAGAAAUACAAACACUUGA